UGCAUAAUAGUUCUGUAGCAAAAAGGCAUCUGAAACGUGCGUAGUUUGUUGUGACGAUUGUGCUUUGAUUUCUGGUUUUUACUUUGCUGAACUACAAUUACCAGCCAACCUGUCACUCAUGUUAGACGUGGCCAACAUUGUUGCCGUGGUAACUAUACACAACCUGUGUAGUGAAGCUAAGCCAGAGAACUGAAUACUGUAACUAUGGAAAAAAACUUUGUGUUUUACGGUUAAUACAUGUAAAUUGAUGAGAAAAACGCAUAAUGACAGAUAAAAGGUAUAAAACUGGACUACCGGAGAACAGAUCGACGCUACCUGCCUACCCAAAGCCUUGGUACACGGAAAAGGUGAAGACCGAAUGUCUGAGAGACGCCAAGAAGCAUCAUCUCUCUGGUGCUUUGGGUGGCCGUAGUUGGCGUUUCCCAAAUUCAGGACUUGGUGACUUUAAAGAUAGGUAUCCUACUCUUUCGGGCACCGAGAGCUGCACGUUCCCUCCCAUUUUUGCGAUGUCAAACCCUACAUGUCUCUCUGACAAAAAACAUAAGCGCAUCUCGAAAGAGCAGGCUUGCUUCUCUAAGCAGAAUCCUCGGCAGCAGUCACGUAGGGAGCACGUGGAAGCAGUGGAGCAGAAACUCAAACAGCACCCCUUGGUUAUGUUCCCACAUUUCCAGCAAAGCCUGUCCCCCGAGCAGUUGUUUGACCAGGUGCUGUCUAUCCUGGAGCCGGACAUGUGCGUCAACAGAGCUUGUACAGGAACUACACCAGAAAAAGCUAAGCACUCGGAUGACAGCACUGAGGCAUGUGAAACCAGCGUGCAGGAAUCAGGAUCAGAGGAAGAUGCAAUGACAGUAGAUUCCAGCCCCAAGAACCCUUACAAAAGGAUGCAAACAAAACAGAGCAGUGAAAGAAUAGACCAAGUAGUCAACAUCAAAAGGCUGCACUCGCCAUCACAAGAUGAGGAUCUCAAGAAAGUAACAAAGCUUUUCUGUGACUGGGAUGCUGUAUUGGGAGGAGGAAACAACCUGACUGAAUCCACCCUACUGGACUUGUUUGUCAGUGAGAGAAAAACAUCCCUGACCUUCCCCAUCCAGGCAAUUGAGUCUAAGAACAUGCCAGAGAACCUCCAUACUUCUGUGGAGGACCUGCGCAGAGCCAGCACCCGUGAGGCACUCUUAAAGGAUUCAGAACCACACAAGAACAACCCAGGAACUAAAAGGCCCAAAUAUGGAGCAUGGUACCUGGAUUCUAAAACUUGGAAUAAAAUAUAUGCGGAUGAACAAUUACCAGACCCCAAUUUCAUUCCUGAGGACUCAGAGUUUCUGGGCCAAUCAAGUGAAAAGGACAAAGAAUUUAAACAGAUGUAUGGGGCUCAAUUAUUCAAGGAGUUCAUCAUCCACAAGGGCCUCAGGGGGCCUAGGUUUAUGAGUCCUCUCUUUGCAGGAGAGCAGGAUCAUCGAACCAGGCCUAAUGCAGCAGGGUCUGCCUCAGCUAGGAAGGAGAAAGUGGUCUUUUAGGCAAGUUUCAAUUCAUCAUAUGUGGGAUAGUUUCUCAACGCUACACCCAAUCUAUCAAAGGAAAAACAUACAGACGCUAAGCUGGUAGAAAGCUUCCAGCAUGUUUUGAACUCACUGGGUGACUGUUACUGCAUGUACUUCAUAUUUACAUUGAAUAAUGACAUUUCAUGAAUAGCUGCAACAACAUGCUUGGAUUUGGCAUCAAUUUCGCCAUGUUAAAAGUAUCAUGCAAUGGAAAUU